AUGGAUGCUAGAUUAGAUGUCAACUCAUCGGGGUUGACAUCCACUCUGAUAUCAAAGUUGUUUGAUAGUUUGUCGGCAUCGUUGGAUACGACGUUGAUCAAUGUGAUCAAUGAAGACCGUGUGAUGGGGAUGCCGACACCGAUCAGCAGUUCGACGUCAUCGAGUUCGUCGUCGUUGCAGGUGGGUGGCGCGAUUACUGGCUCGGCGUCGGCAUCGUCGUCCAACCUGCAGGGUGGCGGCGGCAGCGGCGGUGGAGGUGGUGGAGGCGGGUCGGGCAGCGCAGCAUCGACGAUACUUAGCGGCUCGCAGUCUCUGCGUAUGUCCAAGAGCAACACACUUAUCCGCAAGCUAGCCAACAGCGGCAAAUUGCUCAACGACCAAACCAACGAGCGCGACUGGGCCAACUUUGCACGCGACUUUUGGUUCUACUACCCCUCUCUCAUGCUCAUCUCCGAGUCUGCCAAGUACUGCAAGACACAGUCGUUGCGUCUAGUACUCGACUUUUUACCACGCCACGUGCAGUUGUUGCAACACAGUCAGACAGCCACCACCUCUACAUCUACCACCUUUUCAGCAUCGAUUGUGUCUAAUUUGGCCAUGCCCGUUGUCAACAGCAGCAAUCAGGCCGGCGCUGGCGGACUCAAUAACAGUGGUGGCGGCGGCAGUGUUGGACGGUCGACACUCAACGGCCAAUCAUACCUAGUCAACCCGGGAAGCACGCCAUCUAGCACGUUGGUGACCGUGUUGUCGUCGGGUCAGAAUAGUCAGACCAAGAUGUUCUCGUUUGACUCGUUCCUCCAUCAGAUCAGUCCGUCCAUCUACCAGUCGGACGCCAAGUAUCUCGACCUCAUAGAAUCGACCGUCGAGAUUGUCGUCGCAGACAUCAUCACGCAUAUCCUUGGCACGGGUGCCAACUCGAUCAGCGAGUCGCUGGUCAACCGUCUGCGCGACAUUGCAUUCUACUACUUUAAACCCCUCACCCCACGUUCUCUCAACCAACAAUCUUGGCAAUCCCUACGUUACUCCAUCUCUGAUCAAUGGUCACUUAUCCUUGGUCAAAUUUCAAGAAUCUCGUUGAUAUCAAUUACAGGACACUUAAACAAGGUGGUAUCUUCAACACCAGGUACGACAAUGGAAGAUUUAAUAUCAUAUUUUAAAGGGAUUCGAUGGAUUAGUUUGCAAUUGAAUGACAAGGAUCGUAUGAUAGAGGUUGAAAAAUUGAUUGUACAGGUGUUGAUGUGGAUCGAGGGCAAUAAAAAGAGUGUACUUCGAUUGGCACAACUAGAGUCGUUGGAUGAUAUUAUCCAGGUACUCUAUGGAAAGAAACAGAUCGUUCCCAAGGUGAUCGAGUGUAUUGACCUAUUGGUCGCCAUCACCGUACAUAUUGCAGUGCAUAGUCUCAAGUUGUUGACCGACACGAUACUACCCACACUCUUUUCCAACGCCUCUCCACUCAUGCACGUCAUUGCCUUGCGCACCCUCUCCAUCAUUCUCGAUCCGUCCGACGUAUUUUGGAACACGUCACCAUCGGCCAACUCGCGCAACACAGUCGUCAUUGGCGACAUUACCUAUGUCAAAAAGGAGGAUAUCCAACUCACCUUUGAAACAUUCCUCACCAAAUCCUUUAAAUACUGCGAGGAGCAGUCUGGCGGCGAAGCUUCCUCCUCCUCUCAAGAUCCACUCAUCAUCUCUACUCAAUUUGAACCAACCAUCUCUUUAUAUUCUUUAAUUUCUGAUCAAACUAGUGUUUAUAAAUUUGAAAGCGAAACAACAGUUGAAGCAAUUAAAAGAUGGUAUGAUGUUUGUACAAAAACUCCAGAACAAAGAGAAAAAGAAUUCUUUGAUCAAUGUCGUGUUAUGGGAAUUAAUUUAAUGAGUAAGAUUUAUCAAUGGGAAAGUUCAAAUCAACUUGUAAAUAUACCAUCAGAACCAUACCCAAUGAAAAAGAAGUCAAUCAAGAAAAAGACGAUUAAUCCAGAAUUGUUGGAACUUUUCAAAGAGACUAUUCGAUGUGUGACAUUUGUACCCAAGACAUUUGUGUUGCACAAUACACUGCAUAAACUAGUACUACAUGAAGAGGAGGAGAUUGCGACGGCGGCAUCACACGCCAUUCAGGUGAUUAUGUGCGAUUAUCCAAACUUUAGAACCAACUUGGUGCAGGGAUACACUUCACUCAUUCUACAUAUUCCAUGGACAGUCGGCGAGCGUUACAAGACGUUCAAGGCGAUCCUGCAGUGGUCGGGUCACCCCAAGGUAUCACAGGCUCGUAUGCAAUUGGAAGCGAUUGAAAUCAACAAACGUCUGUCCAAGGCAAAAGAUUCGAGUGCACGUGACGAGGAAAAGGAUCGUAUCGAGAAUGCGCUCAAAAAGAUCAGAUAUUGCUCGCGUCUCGCCGCCGAGAGUAUCCUGCGUCUUGGCACGUUGUUUGAAGAGGGACGUCUCCAACAAGACGUGCUUGAAUGGGUGGUCGACUCGGAACACAAAGGCAACCGUAUCCUUAGAUGGGUGUUGUCCUAUCACUUUGACGAAGCGUACGCCUAUUUCCUCAACAAGUGUUAUUCAGAGAACCCAGCUGAAUCAGUACUCUACUUGCACUCAAUCUACGAUCAGUAUUUGCCUAUCCCACCUGCCAACCCUCCAACACUUGGUAUCACACAAGAUAUCUUUCAGUUUUAUGCAGAUCGUGCAUUAGAGGAACGUGCACAAGUCGAGCUUGAAGACGAUGUUGUCACGGCAAUUGACCGAAACUUUUCACGGUCCACUUCUGCAGCUGGAGGAGCUGGUGGAGCAGGCGGACUGACUGCCAGCGGGUCAGCCGAUGAAUCACGUAAACUGUCCAAACAACAGUCUGUCAAGAUCCGUGAAGCGUGCGUGCUCACCAUCACUGACCUCGUCAGCGAGAAUCUCGGUCCUAUCAUGAGUCACCUUCACAUCUUGUUCAACUAUAGUUUGUUGCGUAUCGAUUCGACCGAAGCACCCACCCUCACCAAGAUGAUCACCGUCCUACUGUCGUCGGUGCGUAACAGCAUGUUUUCGCAUAUGUUUGACGAGCCCGACCUCAAACCAGCACUACGUAACGUCAUCCGUUCAAUUGACACUAUAUUGACUGCGUUCCGUCUGCCUACAUUCCAGAUUAAAUUCAAUUUCCACAAUUUCAACCAGGAUGGUAGUAGUUCAGCAUCAUCGCCAUCCUCGAACAAGUCUAGUGGUAAUGGUGGAUUCUCCAAGAAUGCAAGCACUAGUUAUAUAUUUGAAGAGCAACGUACGAGUUAUCAACAACCACUCAAAUCAUCGUCGUCGAGUUCCAUCACCAACUCGAGCUCGACCGUUACAUUUGGUAAAAAGAGUUCGGUUGGUUCACCGACUUCGAGCAAUGGUGGUAUGGGAGAAAACAAAGAUGAUUUGAUCGAACACAGAGACGAGAUGAUUAAAUGCUCCAAUGGAUACAUCUAUGUCAACGAGUUGAUCAAAGUGUUGUGCAAGUACUUUGAGUUGCUGUCGCCAACCACCAUUGACAAGUGGGAGAGUGAAGCACUCAUGUGGAUCAAAAACUACAAAGACCCGAGAAUAUCGAUCAAGGCGUGUCAGACGUACCGCUCCAUCAUCCACUGUCAACAACAGUUGCCUGACCAUUUGCGAGACUUGUCCAAGUCACAAACACUCAAACGUCAGAAAACACGUUGGGCAUCGUCGGUCGAACUACUCGCCGUCCUCUUGCAAGAAUGGAGUGAAGAUUUGGAGAAUAGUAUGAAUAGUAUUAUCAAGAUUCAACAACAGCAACAGCAACAACAACAACAACAACAACAGAGUAAUAGAACACUACUCUAUGAACAAGGUAUAGCAACUUUUAGUCGGACAUUGUGCAUAGAGAUAUUGUUGGCGAUGCGACAGAUUGGUAUAUUGAAACCAGGCACCGAAGAGUUGGCAGGUGAGUUGUUGGUCGAGUUUUACGGGUUGACUGACGACUCGCUGGUCGAUCCACUUGGCGCACCACAACGAUAUUUACUACCAUUGAUUGCGCUGACUCCAUGGCUACACAAUAAGAUUCUGAGUAGCAAGUCGUCCAUCAUCUACAAGGAGCAGCGUUUGGUAGCCGACAAGAUUGCCAAAAAGUUGGCAGAAACUAUGAUGUUGAUCGUAGAGGAUGAAGAGAAUGGAGAGGAGGAUUUGGCCGGUCUCCCAAUGCUCAAACUUUCCAAGGUGUUUAUGCAAUACUCUCAAGGAUCGUUCAACUCUAAUCCAGACGAGUUUUUGGUGCAAGUGACAUCACUCAUUUGCAAACUAUGUCUACCUGAUUUUGCCAACGAGUGUGCCGAUCUCAUUGGCAAUAUGCUCGAUAAUACAGCUCAGCUAUCUACAUCGAUUCUCAAGAUGACCAACAUGCUGCUCAAGGAAGCACCCGCCGGAGUCAUCCCUCUGUUCAAGAAUAUCGUGCGUGUCGCAUGCGAGUAUGGGUCGUCGUCACCCGUUGCCGGCGAUCUCAUCCACAUUGUAUCAUCAACCAUGAAGAACAACACAGUUGCACCGUCUUCACUCCCUCCAUACCUCCCACCCGUCGAAAAGGCACCUCCCGAGACCAUCAAGGCUGUGCUCGGUCCCAAGUCGGGUGGCAAGGACGGACAGAGCGAGCUCGCGCACAAGCGUCCCCGUAACGGGCACCGUCGCAACAAGUCGGCCAUCACAGACCACCCAUCACUCAAGGAAAAGGCAAUCAACGAAAAGAAGAUGCAGCCACUUUCACCUCCAAAAUUCUCAAAUGUAUUUAAUCAACAACAACAACCUCAACAACAACCUCUUCAACCUCAACAACAAACUCAGGUUCAAGUACCACAUAUUACAACCAAACCAUCUCAAUCAUCUCAACCUCAACCACAACCAUCUCCACAACAACCACAAAAAUCAGGGUCAAAUCAAUUAUUGCAUCCUGGUGCAAAUACACCUGGUAAACCAUCUUCAGUGUCUUCGACAUCGUCGCCAUUGCAAACAGCGGAUUCUGAAGACUAUGAAUUUGAAUUUGGUGAUGACGAGAUGAUCAAUGAUAUUAUUGAUCACGAUCCAUUGACCGUUUCGAUGAUGCAAAAGGCUUGGAGAAACUCAGACGAAUACAAUGUCUACUUGGACAUGGAAGAGAAUGAUUUUGAGGGCAUUGACGAGCUCAAAGAAGGAUUGGAAGGUCUCGACACGGGUGCACUCCUCUCUAAACUCGGUCCAACUGCCUCUAUGAUGCAAAUCAACGUUCCCAAGAAUUUGAUUCAAAAGCAUGCUCCUCAAUCCAAACCUGCAGCACCUCAACAAUCACAACAAUUGAGACCACCCCACCAACAGCAACAACAACCAUCGACCACCACUACUCAACAACAACAACAACAACAACACGCUCCAACUCAUAUUGUUUCUCAUACUGAAACUCAUACUCAUAUUCAAAAGACACCAGUUACAAGCAGUGUAGUACAAAACAUCAAGACGGGAGUAGCCAUCUCAAGAAGUUCAAGUGAUUUGGAUAGUCUUCGUGAAUUACUUCAUAGCAAGGAUGGAAAGAGAGGUAGUGUGACAUUGGCAGACUCAUUCCAAAUCGAUCAGUUAUUAUCACACCUCGAUUCACUUGAUCUCAACAGACUCGAUGCAACUUUGGAAGACAUGUCAAACGAUUCACCGUCCAACUCAUUCUUGAGCUUUUCAACAACCACUGGUCCACAAACUCCACAGACUCAAGUUGCGCCUGCACCACAACAUACUGGAGUACAAGCAGUUUUGGCUGAUGCCAAAAAACGUAGAUCAUUCCUCGACUUUUUGAAAAAGAAUCAUUACCAAAAGAGUGUCAACGAUGUAUGCUUUGUCGAAGUGGUCAAUGAUUUCCGUGCCGAAGGUGGUGGUGAUGAAGACAUUGGAGGCGACGGUCUCCUCUAUCUGAUGCGUCAUAUUGUCGAAGGGUUUGUCGUUGAGAGUGCUCGCCACCAAAUCUCCAUCACCGAUUCAGCUCGUACCAACAUUAUCAACUCGUACCAGGAAUCCAUCGAUCAAGGUCACUGUGUCAACACUAAAAUGUUUGAUGAAGCUCUAUCAACCAUCACCAAAGAACUAGAGUCUAGUGUAUUGGACCAAUUUAAAUCAAUUAAUUAA